AUGUCUGUCCCAAACGCUGGCAUCGCUGCCUCGGCCGAGUAUGUCGAUGCUGAAGAUUCGAAAAACACUGAUGCACAGAUCGUUGGGCUCAGCGGUGACACAGACCGACCAGUCGCUCCAGAUCAGUUCGAUCCGAAGCACGAAAGCACGAAGAAAGAGAUAUGGAGCUACUAUUCUUACUACAUUGGCAACAACGGCCUCACUCUGUUCAACUUCGGUCCGACCUCAUUCCAGAACUUGAUGUAUGAAGCAGCAGGUGAUUCAGAGAUACUUUACUUCUGGGGAAGAGACAGAACCAUAAAUUCUAUUGUGCUGCUUACGAAUGGCGUCAGCUUUGCCAUUCAAGUCGUCUUGUUCUUGCUUCUAGGCGCAUUAGCCGACUAUGGCAGAUGGCGACCCUGGAUCUUGGUGUUCUGGUCUGUGAUCGCUUUCGCUGUUGGUUAUGCUUGGCUUGGAGUCCAUACAGAAGACCGAUGGCAUGCUGGUGUAGGCCUGUAUAUGGUUGGUCUGAUUGCGUAUCAAAUGUGUAUAACCUUUUGGACUGCUGCCUUCCCUGGCCUAGCACGAAACACACCUGAGAUGAGACGCAAAGCUGAGGAGUACGAAGCCGGAGAGAUCAGUCGAGACGAGUACGACUUUCACGACAUGAUGCAACGGAAUCGGAUCUCCAAUGUCGCAUUCAUCGCACAAUCUGCUGGCGAAAUCAUUAUACUCGCAAUAUUGGUGGGCAUACUUUUUGCAUUGAACGUCAAUGCAUCACAAGAAAACAACAACUGGGGCUUAAGUGUCUUAAUUGCCUAUUGCAAUAGUUGGUGGAUCUUGCUAGCGAUACCCUGGUUUCUGUUCGAGAAGCAUAGGCCCGGACAGCCUUUACCAGAGGGCUUGAACUACGUUACAGUGCUGCCAUGGACGCUGUGGAGAGCGAUCGUACAGAUCUGGGAGUUGAAACAAACUUUGCUUUACUUGGUAGGGUACUUCCUGCUCGGAGACUCUUUGAACACUACCGUCACUGUGAUCGGAACUUUACAGAAUAGUGUUGUCGCAUACAACACGCUCACCUUAACCUAUUUGUACAUUGUCGGUAUUACCGCACAAUUGAUUGGCAUUUGGGGCUUUUGGACGGUACAGAAGCGCUUCAAGCUUUCUACCAAAGUUAUGUUCAAUGCGGUCAUGGCUGGAAUCCUCCUCCUUGACGCGUGGGGCAUGAUCGGUAUCUGGACUCAAAAGUUCGGCUUCCACAAUGUGUGGGAGUUCUGGCUCUACCAAGUUGUCUACGGCCUCUUCGUCUGUCCGUGGUACUCAUACAGUCAAAUCAUGAUAUCAGAGGUCACACCACGAGGCAAGGAAUUCCUUUUCUUCUCCCUUUUUAGCAUAAUGGGCAAAACCUCGGCUUUCAUUGGACCUAUCGUCUCCUCUGCCAUCAUCGACGCCUCCCCGACUGGCAAUAAUUCACUGCCCUUCUACUUUCUCUUCGGUUUGACAGCUCUCAGCCUAGGGCUGCUAGCCUUCUUCGUCGACUUGAAGAAGUCGAGGAAGGAGCAGACAGCUUUCUUGGAACGAGAGAAUGUUGCCAGGAAGAGGCGCGCCAGCGUUUUAUCCGCUGAGAGGUAUCUAGGUAAGGCGGACAAUGAUCAGCUCUAG